AUAAAAUCUCCUUCUUAUCCGGGGGAUUCCUGUCUUGGAUCAGUCACACAUUGGCUACUUGGUCACACCUCCAUUGAUUACAUUCGAAGCGCAUGAUUUUCGUUCGAAUCAUCAAAUGUAGCUGACAGGCACGCAUUAAAAAAUCGAACCACUCUGAGGUUGGGUGCAUUGAAUUGUGCGCUAGACACACGGAUCACCUGACUGAACUCCGAUCGAGAUAUCCCUCUCGGAGAUUUAAGGACUAGCUAGACCGCAAAGCGAUCAGGGUCGAUUUCCUAUGAAAUCGCAGCAGCCGCGUGCAAAAAUGGUCCUGAAACGGAACAACUCGAAUCUAGUCCUAGGAGCUGCUGUGUGCUUCUGCGUUGCUAGUGCCUUCAGUCUCCUUAUUGGCCAUGUUUUCAUUUCUGGUGCUGGCUCCUCCAUCUGCGCGCCUGGUUUAAGCAUCCGGUGCGAGCCCAACGACAAUGGCAGCCAGUAUGUGCGAUGUGGGCGGAAUCAGAAGGUGGAAGAUGUUCCUAAAGGCAAGAUGUGUUACCAAGGAGCACUACUUUCCAGCGACAUGAGACUGCGCAGGUCGGCAUUGAUACCGAGCGACUGUCACAAAGCCAAGAGUCUCGGAGGAAAUUCGACGAGAGGUUUCGACCUGAAAGCUUGCUCCUGCUCGGCGAUGUGCACUGGGAAGAACCAGUGUGUAUGCAUGUGCAAGUCCCAAGCGUGGACAAACGUCAUUUGCAGGAACGGCAAGAAAUACGCCAGUGUAGCCCACGGUGACUGCUGCUUGGGAGGAGCUGGCCGAUGCAAACAAUAUCUGGACGGUUCCAGUGACUUCUCGUGGUCCUGGUGGACUGAGAGUGUGGAUUUCGCUCGAGUUCUGAUCCGAUCCUCUCUUCGACAGAUUUGCGACUUUCUGCGCGACCGCUUCACCUUUCGUCCUUCGCUGGACAAAAAUUCGUGCUGCAGCUCGAGCUCCAGCUGCAACGAGUGCUAGAUAUGUGGUAGUCUCGUGUAUAUUUUCAGGAUGGUGCAAUACAGUACCAUAACUCCUCACCAACAUUCAAUAGAUUAACAUGUUUCUCCAUAGCCAUCUGAAGCCCUUGUCAGAGGUAGAUGAAGCGAGGCUCAAUCAGUUAUCCAUCUCAAGGCCUCGUGGCCUGAACCCGUGCUCUGGAGAUUAGCUCUCUGGAAACGAGCGAAGGAAAGAACUCGAGGAUCGAAUGGGAUCGUCAGGCAAACUGAAGUGACUACUCCGCGGCUCUGUGCUGGCCGUGCAUCAGCGGCGUUGAGCGAACUAAAACAUCGAUAGAUUUCAACACAGUAAUUUGUGCCACCCGUUGUAAUCCAUGGUAUGGCCAGUCCAUGUACAGUUCUAGGAAAGUAGGUAGGUAUACGGUAACCUCCCGGUCAAGUAUUCACCGCUUUUCAGUAGGCAUAAUUUUACUCCAAAAUUUAUUUAGUUCGAAAUGCAAACUUUGAAUAUACUUGUUCAUGAAGCAUUUAGUGUCUGUGCAUUCCCCCGGAAUGUCUCCGACCUGCCGGAUUCGAAUCAGCGACCUAGAGAUUUCUAUCCUCAAACUACAGUCUCCCGCUCUACCAACUGAGCUAAGGUCGGUUUGGAAACCGCGAUUUGGUUGAUCUUUCCUGAUCAAACAUCAGGAUAUGUAUUUCAAUAACAGAACAAAACAACUGGCCAAUAUGGAUCAUAUUGUAUAGGUUUUAAGAUUAUAUUGAACAAUAAACAGUCAGAAGCUAAAGCUAAAUAAUACUAAAUCUAAAGUAAGCAGCACCUUUUGACACCGUUAUUGAUUUAGCC